AUGGCUGACCAGAUUGCACGCAUUGUUCCUGAGAUUGUCACUAAAAUCCAGGGAUCAAACACUCCUCCCUCCUCUGUUGACUCGAAAGCGGUCCAACUUAAGCUUGUGAGCUUCAACUACAAGCACUUUGUCUCCUACAACCCUAAGCCUUUCACGGGCAGUGAUGGGGUGACUGCAAUGUUGGAGUGGUUCGACAACAUUGAAGUUACUUUCAUCAACAACGAGUGCCCUGAGCAUCUUAAGACUAGGAUUGCUACUGGUGUUUUCCAAGGCCGAGCUUUGGAAUGGUGGACCAAUGAGAGAAACAUCCGCUCCAAUGAUGAAGCCUAUGCUUUACCGUGGGCCAAGGUUCGAGAACUGAUGAUGCUUGAAUUCUGCCCUCCUCAUGAGCAACAAAAGCUUGAGGAUGAGUUCUGGCAUCUGAAACAAGUAGGUGAUGACAAUCUGGCCUAUACUACCUGUUUCAAGCAGCUCAGCAUAAUUGUGCCUCAUUUGGUGUCUACUCCUAAGCGCAUGGUCACCAAGUACAUUCAUGGGUUACACUCUGCCAUGCGUGAUUCCAUUGAAGCAACUCAGCUAGACUCCAUCGAAGAAGUUUACCGUUUCGCAGCAAGUCUAAACAACAACCGUGUUCGUGAUCAACAGUUUGGCACACCUGCCCCCUCAAAACCAGCUAACCAGAUCACCCAGCAAUCAAGUGGUGGCAAGAAUAAGAAACGAAAGUCCCGAAAUUCUGGCUGCAAUGCGAUUGUGCCUGCUACAACUCCAAACCCUGCUUCUCCUUAUAACACCAAGAAGUCGUACACUGGGGUUCAUCCCAAAUGCGACACCUGUCACUAUCAUCACCCUGCCAACUCAGCAUGUCGCAACUGUACCUCCUGCAACUGCUAUGGUCACACUGCUCCUUACUGUCGCCAGACCAACCAAGUUCAGCAAGCUCCCCAGAAUCCCAAACCACCAAACAACGCUCAAUCCUGCUACAAGUGUGGUGAUACCACUCAUCUCCGUCCCCAAUGCCCUCAGUUGAACCAAGAGCAACCGUAG